UCCAUUUUUAGGCCCAAGCUUGUGGAUGUCUUGUUGAAGAAUACUACACAAUGUUUAAAGCUUUGGUUGAUGAAUUAGCCAAUUAUCAAUCUGUUCCAGUUUGCAAGUGUCCUUGUACUUGUGGAGCUCAAAGAAUCUCCACAGAUCUUAAUGAUCGUGAUCUGGUGAUGAGGUUUCUGAUGGGAUUGAAUGAUUCUUAUUCUACAAUCCGUGGACAGAUUCUAUUAUAUGAGCCUUUACUUGAUAUCAAUAAGGUUCUCUCUUUGAUUUUGCAAGAAGAGAAGCAAAGAAGCUUAAAAAAUGGUGAAUUCACCAGUUUUGUUGUGGCUCAUCCUAUUGAAGCCACAACACUCUACUCAUCCUAUUGAAGCCACAACACUCUACUCUAAUGUAAGAUCUGGUUCCAAGAACAGUUAUGGUGGUAAGGGUAAUUCUAAGAAGGAAGGACCAAUUUGUACUUACUAUGGAAAGGUAGGACAUAUUGCUGAUAAAUGCUAUAAGCUUAUUGGUUUCCCACCAGGAUUUAAGUUUAAGAACAAAUCCAUGGCAAAUCAAGUUUCUUGCAACUAGAUGUCAGGUUUUGGGAAUCCUAUUUCCAUCCAAACCAAUGAAGAUACAAUUACCUCAUCUCCGCAAUGUCCAAUUUCUAAAUCACAAUGUGAGCAGCUUCUUGCUUUCUUGAAUUCACAAUCUGUUGGUGAAUCUUCUCAACACAUGGCUCCUCAGCAGGUAGCUACUGUAAUCACUGCUGGAGCAAGUAUUUCUCAACCUUUAGCAUUGAGUGCUUCUUUAUCCAAUUAUCUAAAUAAUUUUUCAGGAGCACGAUUGGUCUGGGUAGAGAGCAAAAUGGACUGUAUCUGCUGGAUAACAAGUUCAAGACAUUACAUUCUGUUUCGGCUUAUUCCAUUUGUCAAUCUGUUUGUACUCAAUCUGAUCUUUGGCAUUUUAGAUUAGGGCAUCCUUCAAAUGGAAAACUUGAUCUUUUAAAUAAAGUUGAACCUUUUGUAUAGUGUAAUAAAACUGCUCAUUGUGACAUUUGUUUAAUAGCUAAGCAAAAGAGGUUA